AUGCCUGGAUUAAAGGACAGCGACGUUCUAAAUGACGAGCUAUUUAUAAAAAUAGCUUCAGAAAUUAAAGGCGUCACCCCAGAACAGCUAAGCGAUUAUCUGGGCUUCAAAGGUUUGCAGGGUUACAACGCUAAAAUUGUGAGUUCUGCCCAAAUCAAUCCUACGUCGCCGUACGUGAAACUUCUUCGUCAAUUUGUUAGCAACCCUGAUUAUGGCAAAGAUAUUGAGAGCGCGCUGAAACUGAGACUUGUUUUCCUGGAGAAAGACAUGGUCCCUUGUGCUGAAAUAAUCGAAAAAGCACUAAGGAAUUAUGGGAGAAACUUUCCUAGCCGCGCUGAUACACUUAUUGGUCUGCCUUCUAACCUACGCUCCCCUCCACAUCACACACCAGAAUUGGAGAAGACUGAGAUUGUUAAUCCUAUCCGCGCUGACACACCUACUCGUCAGGAUGUUAACGCACCCUCUCCUCCUCAUGACAAACCAGGGUCUGAGACGCCGAUGGACACCCAUGGACACGGCCCUCAGCCUCCUGAUCGCCCCGUAGAGCAGGAGACGCCAUCUAAUAGCGACACGAACCCUUCAUACCUGAUCGUCAUAGCAGGCAUUGUUGCCAUAUUUUCCAUCGUCUAUAUCUUUGUAAAAAGACGUUAAAAAGCACAAAUCUUCCUUCACAAUAACGAACCUUCCAAUGAAGGAACCUUCGCCAUGUUCAUUGAGGGAAACUUCAGAAUAAUGGACCAUAAGGGGGAAAAACCCCGACGUAUAAACAUUAUUACAUUGCAGUGCACUGUGCAGCAUACUAGACAUAAAAAUCUGUUAAUUCAGAGUGACUCGUACCGCUGCCAGCAAGGGAGAUUCGAUCUAUCAAGGUUCUACAUCAAAAAGCAUUAUCGUUCCACUCCUUCAGCUCUGACGUUCAGAUAAUUAUGAUCCGGUAAACCUCCGCUUUGAAAAAAAAACACAACAAUAAACAUACAAACAAACAUACCCACACACACAACAACAAAUACCAGAUGCGUUUUAACGUGUAAAUGACUGGCAAUUGCUUGCAACACGUAUCCACUAAGCUCUGUUUUAUAAACAUAACAUAUCAAAUAAGUAUAAUCCUUUUUUUACCCAGGGAAGCCUCAUCAGCAUAAAUCUAGUCUGUCUUGCUUAUUCUGUAAUUAUUAUGGUCCAUGGUAAAACACCCCGUCCAAGAAUGUGACCACCGAGCAAGCUAGGACCUUGUGUAUGAGAAUUGGGAGUUUUCACCAAUAUACCACUUGUGCUCCGUUGAUUCCGCAACUUUACAAUAUACAACAAAACUUAUUUCUACACACUUGUGCAAUAUUUCGCCCAUGUUGAGUAAACAAGGGAACAGGUGUAUUUGUUGGGUUAAUUAAUGAUAAAAUAGCUACACUUAUAUUGUUCAUGUAACCAUCACAGAGGAUGCUCAAUGCACGUAAACAGUAAUAUAAUUAUUCAAGGCAAAAUGCAUAUAUUGCUAUCCGAUACCCACUUUCAUCACCUAGCUGCAGAGUGGCAAAUGUAGAUUUAUGUCUUGGCAAAGGACAUUAGGACAUUAUAUUAGUUCUGCGGACGGACUCGAACAACGAACCACGUGAUCCACAGUCAUGUGACGUAUUCACUUGACCGCACACCUCCACUUUAUCCACCAAACAUGUAUUUUUCGUUUUAAUCCAGCAUGGGUUAUCUUUCAAUCUCUUUUUGUUGUGCAAAACUUCUAGAAAGUUUCUCCCACAUUGCAAUACCAUUACUGCCUGAGAAGUACUCAACAUAAUAUUUAACCACGGCUUCAAAUAAGAGA